AUGGUUGAGGACUAUACCGGACGAUUCAUCACAAAGAAGAAUGGCCUAAUCGAGGGUCUAGCUUGGUGCGGCAGUCAAGGAGCCGAAAAGUCAAAAGAGCUCGAAGAGUACAUCUCUCCGUCAUGGUCUUCGGCAUCCGUCGCUAGAACAGUCCGGUUCCCUAUAUACAGCUGGUACAAACGAGCCCGCUGGUCCGCAAACAUGUCCGAUUUUGAGCCACUGGCGGAAUAUGUGAGCCAUUCGCUAGACCUUCUGCACUUGGAUCAACACGGACGUCUCAAGGGAGGAGGGUUACGCAUCAAUGCGCCUCUGUUUCCAAUCACAUCUCUAGAGCCUCGCCAGAGUUCACCACCAACUCUCGUUGUUCACUUUGGCGUGACCCCACCGAGAUCAUCUUUUACGGACAAAACAAUCGGGGUGCGGCGGGAGUGCCCGCACGAAACAAUAGAGGCUUGGCUGGAGGGCGGAUUCGACAACCCACACGAGGGCGCCCCUCUCGACCAACUCUUCGUAGUCUUCUUAACUCGGCUACCAUUUAUCCUUGAAUAUGGUUUCAUGGAACACCGAUUCGGCCUCAUUGUCAAGAAGACGGGAGACGGUGAGCAGUACCGGCGAGCUGGCUUCGUUGACGGGUUUGUUCUGCGGAAGAAAUGUACUCCUUUGAUGAGGCAGGCUUUGAAGAUUUCAGGUGAUCCUGACGCAGAGGCAUAUGGAGUUGCGGGAUCCCGACGACCUUUACAGGAUGGAGAUAUGCAUAAAUUGGGCAGGCGGCCAAACAGACUAGCAUACGAUGCGUUGCGGGUUUGGGGAACCGAUAUUACUCUAGUGUGA